AUGUUAAUCGGGGUAACAAUCGGAAUUUUUAUCGUUACUCUCACUUUAGCGUAUAUUUAUUACAAAUAUGUGGUGUUCAAUUUCUGGCGCAAAAAGGGUGUAUUUUAUAUCGAGCCUGUUGUACCAACCGGCAAUGUGACUGAUUUUGUAAUUGGAAAAAUGACAAUAGGUGAACUCUUUCAAAAUGCCUAUAUGAAAUAUAAGGAACAUCGUGUCUUCGGAAUGUACACAUUUUUCAAGCCAAACCUGGUGAUCGCCGAUUUAAAUCUCAUUCGAACGGUGCUGACGAAGGAAUUUGGGAGUUUCCACGAUCGUGGAAUGUUCUGCAACGAGAAAACCGAUCCAUUGUCCGGCCAUUUAUUUCUGUUGCCCGGGAAAAAGUGGCGAAAUCUACGUGUUAAAUUAACGCCGACUUUCACUUCGGGAAAGAUAAAGCAAAUGUUCCUGGUCCUGAAAGAGUGUGGCGAAGAGUUCACGAAAAGUUUGGAGAGUAUAGCUUGUACGGGGGACUCUAUCGAAAUCAAAGAUAUAUUUGCGCGAUAUUCGACGGAUAUAAUAAUGUCAACGGCGUUUGGAAUAAAAUCCAACUGCUUAGUUGAGCCGAACAACGAAUUUCGACGCUGGGGAAAGAAAGUGUUUGAAAUGAGCGCCAUUUGGAAUGCUCUGUUGAUGUUUGCGCCGCAAGUUAUGGAUUUCUUCUCCAUCCCCAACACGGACCGCGGUGUCAGCAAGUUCUUCACGAAGCUAUUUCAGGACAAUGUAGAGUACCGGAAAGCUCACAACGUAGUAAGACACGAUUUCAUGAACUUACUCAUGCAACUCAUGGACAAGGGUUACGUCGAGCCCGAUGACGAUAAUAAGGAUAAUAAGGAUAAAAAAACCGCCGAUAAAUCUUCUAACACGAAUAAACUUACCAUGCUGGAGGCGGCCGCGCAAGCCUUCGUCUUCUUCUUAGCGGGCUUCGAGACAUCAUCGACCACGGCAACGUUCUGCCUGUAUGAAUUAGCUCUGAACCAGGAUAUACAGCAUAAGGUUCGCCAGGAAAUCGACGAGACAUUGAAAAAGCACGGUGGACUGACCUACGAUGCGGUGAACGAAAUGACGUAUCUUCACAAAGUAGUCGAAGAGUCCCUGCGGAAGUACCCACCUGUGCCCGUCUUGAAUCGUAUCUGCACAAAGAAAAUAGUCCUCCCAACGACAAACAUUCUCGUGCCGGAAGGGACUUUGGUCACUAUACCAGUACUUGGAGUGCAGCGAGAUCCAUCAAUCUAUCCGAAUCCGGACAAAUUUGAUCCUGAACGUUUUAAUGCGGACCAAGUGGCGGCGAGACAUCCUUACGCUUACCUGCCGUUUGGGGAAGGUCCGCGAGUCUGCAUUGGUACAAGGUUUGGUUACAUCCAGACAAAGGUUGGAAUUAUAAGUCUCCUGUCGAAAUUCAAGUUUAAACUGCAUCCCCAGACUAUGAUACCGCUGGUUUUCGAUGAAGCAGCAAUUGUGCUUACGGCCAAGGCCGGUAUACAUCUCACUAUUGAAUCGCGAUAAGUUAAUUACGCUCAUACUUUUAAAUAAACCGAAUGUCACUCCAGACUUUCGUGCUUAGAAAUUGUCGGUGAUUCGAAGUAAUAAUGUUCUUUUGAAUCUGGUUUGCCUUCGCCAUUUAUAUUAUAAUCAUUAUUUCUGUUGCCAUCAUUCUUUGUAUCGUUAAGAUAUACUAAAAGGAUUAUUCAGGGAAUAAUCGUAACUUUAUAAAUCUCUGAUUAUUGAUGAAACUAAUCUUACUUUAUGCAGGACAUAUUAA